CGGAAUCUUAUGCGAGUGACACCGAGCUGCAGCAGCAGAUUGCGGAAGUAGCGUGGAGCAGCCUUGGCUUGUGUCUGGCUAUGAAGUGCUUUUUGAAAAGUGUUGAUGGAAGACAUGAUCCCAUUCCUCUUCCCGAUGGUGUUGAAGUUAUUCUUGGGAGAGGACCACAAACUUGUAUAACCGACAGGAAAUGUUCUAAAGAACAAGUUGAACUUGUGGCGAAUUUUGAGAAACGAGUGCUACGUGUCAAACAGCUUGCAGGAAACCCAACAAUGGUUGGAGAGGUAAGGCUGAAGAAGGGGGAGAGUGCGUUGAUGAAAGAAGAUCAGGUUCUUCUCAUGGUAAAUUCCCUUCACCCUUACACCAUGGUCUUUGAAGAAGACAAUACCAAGGAACCAACUACCUCUAGGAAAUCCAGAGCACCUGCUAAGGUUCCCAAGCCUCCAGCUCAUACUGGAUCUCCAAGGAAGACAAUAGUAGAUUUCUUUGGUGCCUCUGCAUCUGAAAGUCAAAAAAGGCGUCCUCGAGGUGAAGAAAACUCCAAACCUGUCAGCAAGAAGCCAAAGUAUCAAGAAAAUGCUUCAGAGGCUACAGAAAAGCAAGAAGAUUCAGCCGAUGAAGAGGAGAUUGCUAAGAAACUGAAAGACCUGCAGGAGACUGCUGCCAAGGCCAAUACGACAAAAAUAAGUACGAGCCAGACAUCGUCUGAAGUAUCGAGAGGAAAUCCAUGCAGCAAGGAUUCCUGGGAGGAACACGGAAAACUUCUGGUGUUUAGCAAGAAAGGUGUUCAGGCCUCUUCCAAGAUUGCGGGGUUUGACAUUGAUGGAACAAUAAUUACUACCAAGUCAGGAAAAGUCUUCCCCACCAGCCCUGAUGAUUGGAGAAUUUUAUAUCCAGAGGUGCCAAGAAAAUUGAAAGAGCUUCUGGUUGAAGGGUAUAAGGUGGUCUUCAUUACUAAUCAGAUGGGAAUUAGCCGUGGUAAACUGCGCCCCGAAGUUUUUAAAGCCAAAGCUGAAGCAAUUUUAGAUAAAUUGGGAAUUCCUGUACAGAUCUUUGUUGCAACAGGUAUGGGAAUGUACCGUAAACCUGUGACUGGAAUGUGGGAUUACCUGUGUGAAAAGGGUAAUGAUGGGAUCCCUGUACAGAAGGAAGACUGUCUUUAUGUGGGAGAUGCUGCUGGACGUCCUGCAAACUGGGCUCCUGACCGCAAAAAGAAAGAUUUCUCCUGCAGCGACCGUCUGUUUGCAUUGAAUAUUGGAUUAAAGUUCUCAACACCAGAAGAGUUUUUCUUGGGCUGGAAGACUGCUCCGUUUCAGUUACCUAAUUUUGAUCCGAGGACUUUAGAUCCAAAUGCACCACUGCACGAUCCAGCUGCUAGUCUGGUUUCCCCAUCUACAGAAGUGGUAGUCACAGUUGGUUUUCCUGCAGCUGGAAAGUCCAAAUUUGUAAAAGAUUACCUUGUUCCAAAGGGUUACGUUUGUGUCAACAGGGAUACACUUGGGACUUGGCAAAAAUGUGUGGCCGGCUGUGAAGAGGCUUUGAGAAAUGGAAAGAGCGUAGUCGUUGAUAACACAAAUCCUGACCUGGAGUCUCGUAGCAGAUACAUCAAUUGUGCGAAAAAUGCUGGCGUACCGGUGAGGUGUUUUGAGUUAACAGCCACUGUAGAGCAGGCGAAGCACAACAACCGGUUCCGAGAGAUGAGUCAGAAGGGACACGUAUCUGUGAAUGAUAUGGUCAUCAACAGCUACAAGAGUAAGUUCGUAGCACCCUCUGUGAGUGAAGGCUUCAGUGAAAUUGUGAAAAUCAAUUUUGUGCCCCGUUUUAAGGAUGCGUUGGAAGAAUCUUUGUAUCGCCAAUUCUCAGAGGGCUGACAGUUCAAACCCCCCCAUGUAUGUCAAAAAUGUUUGUGUUGCCACUCAGAAAUACUGUGCUAAAAUGUGAACAGUAAUCAAAGGCAAAUCUAUCCACGCAGCAGUAGGACAAAAAACAAACAAAAUUAUUUUAAUAAAUAGAAUGUCUUUCCAAGACAUAUAAUCUUCCUAUAGUAGUGAUAUCAAUUCUUCUAUAAAUAAUUUAAGGAGACACUCCAGGCUGAAACACUUAUUUUAUCUUUUUAAUACAUUCCCAAAACGCACGUUUCCGUUGAAAUAAAUCCUGUUAAAAGGUAAUAGUUUAUGCCACUCACAGCUUUUCUCUUGGUCCAAUCUACCGCUCUUCUGCUAAAAUCCUCAUACAAUAUGCUGCAUCACAAGCCAAUGCUGUUGCUCCCAUUGAGAUUAUUUGGACAGCACACUUGGUUUCACUUGGAAGCUUUACCAGUGUGCUGUAUAUGCACUUAUUGAUCCUAUAGAAACCAGUGAUGUUGGCAUGCCUAUCAGUGAGUGUAUAUCUGUGCUGCCGGGCUCUGGUGUUCACUCAAGGCAAAGGGUAAAGCAAGUCCCGAGUCGCACACUAAGUAACUUUAUUCAUGAUUCCAUUUCCGAGUCUGCAUAAUUUCCUUAUGUAAGCCCCCUUUUUUUUUAUUA